AAGUCGUAGGUGGCAGCGUGAAUGAAUGAAUGAAUGAAAAAAAGUCGUUGAAGCUUGUGUUGAAAAUCUAGGUCUAUGAGAAGAAAAAGGAUGUCCACCUCAGUGACAGUGAGCCAACGCCGGCUCUGUGCUGCCAUUCUUGGUCUAGGGGGAACGGCGCCGACUCGCGGUGUGAGAGACGGUCAAUUAAGGGUUAUCAAAUUACAUUCUGCACUACAACCAUCCCUGACUCUUUCCCCACUAAGAAAGACGUCAAGGAUGAGCUGAAGAAUGUCAUUGCGCAGCCUCUAUGUCAAGCAGGCAUAGUCAUUUCUUCGUCGGACAUAGAGAUAGAGGCAGAUGACAUCUCUUCGACGAAUGAUCCUGGAGUGAAUGACGGAAGUCAUAGAACAGGUUCAGGAGGUAAAUCCGUGGAUGAAGAUGUUAGAGCAGGGGGUCCUCGUGUACUACUAUUAAGGCUGUACCUAAUACAUCUUUGGGCGCAUCCUUGAAACGUAUGGAAGAGUAUCCACCUAAGGGAAUAAUACUCUCCCAUAGUACUUUUCAAGGAUGCACUUGAAAGAUGAAUCACGGACAGCGCUAAUACUAGAUGAUGUUAGAGGGGGUCGUGUACUACUAGAGGCAGAGGGUGAUAGAACAAGAGGGAGUGGAUCGACGUUUUUCCAGCAUGAGAAAUCAUCACCAUCGACAGGUGGUCAGGAGUUCUUCUCGAAAAGGAACAAAAUUUAAGACGGGGUAGUUACAGUACACUGCACAUAGUACAACGAGGCUACUAGAAGUACUACAAGAUAGUACAAGUACACUACCAUAUACAUGUACUACAAUAUACAAGUAGUACAUCUGAGUUGUAGAGAUACAAGUACACUAUCAUAAAUACAUGUACUGCACAUAAUGCCUACUACUUGUACGUCAACAACAAAGAUUAUGGAAAUUCCACACGCCGCUCACUCUCCUAAUGUUAAAAACAAGACCACUUCGAAGCUGUAGAAAUCGAUCCUUCGGGAGCAACUUUCGAUUUUGAUACCACAGAUCCGGGAGCCGCAACAGGUUACGGCUUUCGAUAAGUGAAAUUUUUUUACCUUCUUCCACAGGAUCUCUCAGUUUACUAAAACUUAGAUUUUCAAGCAGAAUCCUGACCUGCGGCUACUGGUCCUCGACUCUACUAAGCCCUUUGAUACUUUCAAAAAUCUUCGUUCAUGUCAGUAUGACAACUGGGAUUGACACCAUUUUUUUUUUUACAAAAUACCCCUCUAUUAUCUCCGCUAACCACAAGAACGGGCCGCCCACGAAGAUGCUGCCUAUAACGACGAUGAGCGAGGAGUAGAUGGAGAGGGCGGUCUUACAAGUUGGUUCAUCGAAACUGUCAGUUCAGCGCUACCAUGGCAGCCAGAGGACUACUACGGUUAUGAGAAUAUGAUUUACGGCUUCAUUAUGUUGAAGAUUUUCGUCAUAUUACUAACUACAGCAGUUGCCGUUGGAGCUCGAUGUGAAGGACCCAUAACCUAACGACCUAGCCUGACCUUACUAAGCUAACUUUCAUCGAUCAGCGUCGGUAAUUGAUGAGUUUAUAAGAAAUCAAGUGGUCAUCUGUGGUCACCCGUUUUAGCAAGAAAAGAAAAGGCAUGAAUUCAAUGUUUCUAUUUGUUCUCAUGGCUUCAACAUUGUGUCAAGCUGAAGCUGUAGACUUUUUGGGCGAGCAGAAUCUGUCAACUGUUAGUAGAACUCUACCUCCUCUAAUCUUCUAGUAUUGACGGUCAGCAUCAUCCGGAAGAUAGCGCCAGGUAUCUUCCUUCCCAUAACGAGGGGAUACAACACCACGUCGAACACGAAUCCUAUGUAGAACAAAUGCUUGAAGGUCAUGAGCAAGGGGAGAAAGAUGACGAUGAUACUGAUGUACUAGAAUUAAGGUCAGCUUUUAUGUUUGUCCAUCUUUCUCGGCAUCUCGGUACUACCUUUUUACCGUGUAUUCUCAUGAAAUACAAGGUAAAUGAAGGGGUCAAGAUGAGCAGGGGGCCGAGAUGCAAUCGAGUCGCAGACUCUAAUAGAAGAUGACGCACUACUAGUGGGUGAUGAUCUACUUGAUCGAGAUCAACCUCAAGAUGAACCUUAUUUAUUUCAUGAACUACAACAACUACAACAAGAACAAGACUCUCUUCUAGAAGUAGAAGAAGGCCUUCAUAGUGAACAAGACGACCUUUACGACCACGACUGGGACGAUGAUUUGGAUGAUGACGGAAUGGUCGAGCUAGACGGCAACGACUACAAUUCAGCGAUAGAUGAAGGUGAAGACGAAGGUGCCGAGAGGUUCACAGACAACGGCGGGUCGACAUUUAUGACCUAGUAUGUUUCUUCUACCUUGCAGGUUGUGAGUAGGUCUUUUUUAUUACUAACUUAGACCUCCACCUUUUUUCCAAACACACUAAGAUAACGCCUUAGGCCAAAGUAGCAGAGCAGCGACAGCAGACCCGGUUGUUGCAGCUCUUGUUGAACAGCGUCGUGACAUCAUGAAACAUAUGGUCGUUAAUAGUACCUCCAACUCUACUGAUAUUAGCCGCUAAAAAACAAGAAAUGUUGUAGUUGUUACUGUUCUUUUUCUAAUCGGUUCAUGGAAGGACAAGGAGCUUCAUCUACAGGAGCACACCAACAAGAUGAAUCAUCGCAGCAGGAGCAGUCCUUUUGGACUCAAGGGGAGCGGUUUUCGGAUUACGAGCAAGCCGUAAGAUACCGAGCGGAUAGGGGUGAGUGGACGCUAGAGGAUAGAGCCGCCAUCUCGCGCGACGGACGCUCGAACCGAAGACAGAAUUAUGGCUACUUGUGAAUAUACUUAUAUAAGUCUGUCCUAUCUUUCUCAACAUAAUGCUUGUCAGUAUGACCAUGAUCUCUUUGGUACUAUACAACAACAGGCACUCUCUAAUAGACGAUGGAAAAAAGCGACUCGUUACUGUAUGCGGAAGCCUCGCCUGUUACGCUAAAAGUUAUGUUGGAAAGAAGUGACAGUGACUGAAAGCGUAGACGUAGCAACAGUCUAGAUUACUAAAACGGACUUUAGCACAGGCUGAUCAAAAUGACUAGCAAUGAAUCUUCGUAGUACUAGAUACGAACAUGUCGAUCAUGGUCCGAAACGGGAUCGAUGUAAACGGCGGAUCGUCACUUUAUUGAUACUACUUGUGCCAGCUCCUGCUCUAAGAAUAUCCAGAUAACUAGACGACCACAGCCACAGCAGGUUCCCCGAGCCUCGCCUCAGCAACCACCUGGCGCGAAACCCAAGCAACCACCUGGCGCGAAACCCAAGCAACCACCUGGCGCGAAACCCAAGCAACCACCUGGCGCGAAACCUCAGCAACCACCUGCCGCCAAGGCUCCAGUCGCUGAGCCUCAACAGCCUCAGCAGGCUCCUGUCCCCACACCAUAGCUGAAGCCUCGUACUUGUGUAAUUCCUGAGACUUCUAAGGAGGUCUCAGGGAGAGGCACUAGAAGAGCAAUUGAUUGCAUUCAUGAAACCACGGGUACUCGAGAUAAAAUCAGACGAACAAUAUGCAUGUUCAUGUUGGUUGUGAGUUGGAGCAAAAUACUUUGCUAAAAACACAAAAUGAUCAUGAAGAUGAAAAUGAAAUUAUUUUCUUUCUAUUUGAGAUAGAUUUUGAAUUCCACCGUCAAUUACAACGAGAAUUAUUUUGAACAGCAAAUACAUUCACAUUUUGACUUGAACGAACCUUGUUGCAUUAAUACUUAGACUAGAACACCGAGAUCACUUUUUCUCACACCGUAUCUCCUGCUCCAUUACCAACGAAAUGCAGAAAAUGUGCAUAAGUAGUUUUUAUCAUGUCGUUGAACUCCAUCCCUCUAGAUCUCAUUCUUUAAUAUCCCACUCUCACAAUUCCUGUCAUGAUAGAUACCCCAUUUCCUUUCAUCCACUAUCGACUUCCAAAUAUGGGAAAGCCAAACGACAACAAGACAACUUGAUUUGUACAAAAGUCAUGUAUUUUUAUCAUAGAGCCCACGUGCCCAUAUGGGACGAGUCGAGCGGAGAGCCGCAUCCUGUGGAAGAU